AUUGGCCCCGCCCCAGGUUGCUUAGGAGAUAAGAGACGCCGAAUCUUGGUACUUGCGGUCCUGUCGGGCAGGACAGGUGCAUAGAGAACUCCUCAGAGGUCUAUACCUCGAGGGCUCCCAUGGAUAGCCUUGACAGAUCCUGCCAGGACUGGUGCGACAGCAAGCAACACUGGUUGGAGAUCGGACCCCCGGACUUGGUGGAGCGCAAGGGCUCCCUGACCCUCCGCUCCCAUCACAAGAAAUACUCGAAGCCGGUGUUGGUGUAUUCCUGGCACCAUGACAGAGAAGCUUUUCCCAAAGAUUAUGAUAUAGAGGAUCCCGAGAAAGUUAAAAAACUGUGUAAUUCAACAUAUCGGCGACUUGGAACCGAUGAAUCUCCAAUUUGGAUAUCAGAAACACAUGAAAAGUUGUCACAAAUGUGUUUAAACACAGAAUGGGCUGAAAUGAAGAGCAAGGCUUUAUUGAAUGAGGAAACAGUGAGCUCUGGGAUUAUUGAAAGGGUCACCGGAUUGCCUGCCACAGGUUUUGGAGCUGUCUUUCCUAGACAUCCACCAGAUCGGAGCAAAAUGUGUGCAUUGACAACGUACUCAGAAGAUUAUGUUCCACCUUAUGAUUAUCAGCCACAUGUUCUUCCCUAUCUUCCUUCUCUUCAUUUCAACUCUUCUCUAAGUCUUCAUAGCAAAGGAUAUUUUCUCUACCCAUUUGGAGAACUCUAUAAUCUCCCAGGUUUGGUCAUUGACAUUCUAAAGUCCUCAAAACUGCUUAUCCCUGUCAAGAUGAUUAUUCCAUAGUCCACAGAAAAUACCGUUCUCAGUUCACGGAUCUAAAUGGUUCUAAAAGAUUUGGCAUCAACACUUGGCAUGAUGAGAGUGGGAUUUAUGCUAAUUCAGAUGUAAAACAGAAACUAUCCCUUGACUAG